UGCGUCAUAUGCCAACGCAAGUUGUCGUUUCGUAUCUCACUUAAUUAUUAAUAGCCUACGGCAACCAUUCCAUGCUGCUUAUUAUCGUAUUUAUAUUUUUUAUGUUAGAAUAUUCGACUAUUUUAUACUAAUUUGUGGUUGAGAAAGCAUUUAAUAGUCAGUAAAAAAAAAAUUGUGGAAAAACUCAAAGUAGUUAAAAAUCCUAUAAAAUGAUUUAUAAAAUUGUACUUAUUUGUAUGGCGUUACAAGUGACUAUUACUCGAGCUGAUGAAGAAGUUCAUCAACUAACGCUUCCAAAAAACAACCCGGAGGUUGAGUUUUUUGUCCAGAAAGGAAUUAAUAAAUUUUUUGAUUACCUGCAAGAAAAUUUUUUCAAGAAUGACACGACUAAGAUGGAUAAUUCAACAGUAGUUAGAGAAGUAAAUAAUACUGUUCUUACAAUUGUUGGGAGAGAAAGACAGUAUCAUAUAAAUGUGAAGUAUCCUGUAAUAAAAGAAGUGUUAGAUCAGAAGCAUCGCUUCGCAAAUCCAUAUUACGAUUGUGUGAUUGAUAUUAAGACAAUGGCUGAUGAACAUAUGGAAAUUUGUUGUUACUAUUACUAUGACGCGACCUGCUACUCAUACUAUUGCACGCAGAGACCGGAUAAAGUUACAACUUGCGAUCAGAAGAGUGUCUUAAUGGAAAAAAAAAAUUAAAAAAUAGAUGGCGCUCUAAUAUGUUGAAAAAGUAUUAAAAAAAAAACACAAUUAUAAUAAUAAAAAACAAAUAUCGGCUAAAUUUUUUCA